AUGGCCUUCUCUGCAAGUGGGCUCAGCUCGAUGCUGCUUGGUUGUGGUUCCAGUCCCCAGUUUUCGUGCGUUCGUCAGUUAGGAAAAUUGACAAAAUUUAUUUAUCCCUGGAUGAAUCGACGAAAACCCUAUUGGGUAGAUCAGAAGGCUGACCCAUGUUGCAACGAGGAUAUAUCAAUUGAGAACCUCGAAUUUCUCGCCACUGAACGUCAGAGGCUUCUUCUUGAUGGAUUUACUCCCACUAACUUCACGGCUGAAGCCAAUCGACCCUGGUUGCCCAUGCAGACCCAGCGAUGUGGUCUAGUGGCCGUGAAAUUGGGAAUCUAUCCUAUGUGGACAAAGACCGGCAAAAAGGUCGACUGCACUGUUUUACAGGUACCGGACAAUCAUGCUCUUCGGUAUGUUCCUCCCUCCGACCUUGACCGAUACCUAAGUUUAAAAGAUCCUCGAGGCUUCUGGCUGACAAAGAACCACGUACCAUCUUGGAUCAACCAGCAACGCUGGGGCCUCCAAAUCGUAGGUGCAAUGUCAGCCGAUCCGGUCGAAUUCACUGCUGAGUGGUGUGGACUGUUUACCUCCGCCGGCGUCCCUCCAAAACGCAAAAUCACGCGCUUUCUCGUCAGUCCUGACGCUGCUCUUGAACCUGGCACUCCCAUCACGAUUAACCACUUCCGUGUUGGCGAUUACGUGGAUGUUACGGCUAGAACCAUAAAUCGUGGAUUUCAAGGGGUAAUCGAGCGUUGGGGCAUGAGUGGUGGUCCUGCAGCUCAUGGGAGUACGAAGUUUCAUCGAAGAAUCGGUAGUUUGGCUGGUGCUGGGCGAAAAGUUCUGCGGGGCAAGCAUAUGCAUGGCGUAAUGGGAAAUAGAUAUCGCUCGGCACGUGGACUUCAGGUCCUUCGAAUGAAUCCUCGGUUGAAUCUGAUAUACCUGUCGGGAUCAACACCAGGUCCAGUUCAUUCUUUUUGCCUUCUCCACGACUCUUGGUUGAUUAACCGAUGGCAUGAGCGCAAUGAAAAUCCUCCCCCAAACCCUACGUGGUUUCCGUCCAGUAUCCCUUCUCCUACGCCGUCUUCGACCGAGGAGGAGUCGCAAGAACUGUUUGAUGAGUUCGCUGAGGAUGUAUUUCACCCGUCUCUUCACCGAUUUGAUGAACCUAGCAUUACCUUUGAGGAUAACGAAGGUGCAGACAAGUACGAAAAGAACUGGCGCCCCGCUCAGUUUUCAAUUAUUAACGGAGCUCUUGUUAUGGCCGGUGGUAAGGCAGGAAAAGACUCUGGGAAGGCUAAAGCAAAGGCUAUUUCACGUUCCCACAGGGCGGGGUUGCAGUUUCCUGUUGGUCGUAUUCACCGUCAUUUGAAAACUCGUACUACCAGUCAUGGACGGGUUGGUGCGACGGCUGCUGUCUAUUCUGCGGCUAUCCUGGAGUAUCUGACAGCCGAAGUCUUAGAGUUAGCUGGGAAUGCUAGUAAGGACCUAAAAGUGAAACGUAUUACCCCGCGCCACUUGCAGUUGGCCAUUCGGGGUGACGAGGAACUCGACACCCUUAUCAAGGCAACAAUCGCUGGCGGAGGUGUCAUCCCCCACAUUCAUAAAUCUCUCAUUGGGAAGAAACUCCCCCCAUCGAAGCCUCUUGGUGUUUAA